ACUUCCGGGACGCUAAUCUGUAGCCUUCGCCCUAGCUUGAUUAUUUAGAGAACGAACGUAAUACAUUUUUCAUACGUUUAAACAUGAUUAAAGCUAUCUUAAUAUUUAACAACCAUGGGAAACCACGACUCAUCAGAUUCUAUCAAUAUUUCGCAGAAGACAUGCAGCAGCAAAUAAUCCGGGAGACGUUUCAUUUGGUGUCAAAACGGGAUGACAACGUGUGUAAUUUCUUGGAGGGUGGAAGUCUCAUCGGCGGCUCUGACUACAAGUUGAUAUACCGCCACUACGCCACUCUCUACUUUGUCUUCUGUGUGGACUCGUCCGAGAGCGAGCUGGGCAUUCUGGAUCUCAUCCAGGUGUUUGUGGAAACACUGGAUAAAUGCUUUGAGAACGUCUGUGAACUGGACCUCAUAUUCCACAUGGACAAGGUCCAUUAUAUUCUGCAGGAGGUGGUGAUGGGCGGCAUGGUGCUGGAGACUAAUAUGAAUGAGAUCGUAGCUCAGGUGGAACUACAGAAUCGCAUGGAGAAGUCUGAGGGCGGUUUGUCGGCGGCGCCCGCUCGCGCGGUCUCUGCCGUGAAGAACAUGAACCUGCCCGAGAUCCCGCGCAACAUCAACAUCGGAGACAUCAACAUCAAAGUCCCCAGCCUCUCCCCGUUCUGAGUACGACUCGGCAGGGGGCGGGCGGGUUUCGGUGCCCCCGCCUUGCUCGUAAGCAGUAAACUUGAACUUUCCCAACCGCGGCGGCGUUCGCUCAUCCUGGCCGCUCCUGUGUGUUUGAGAGUACCUGUGAGUCGUUUGAGUGUGUUCAAUUUGCACAAUACUGUUGAUGUUUGUUCUAUGAAACACUGGUAAACUUACUACGUUUAUGGCAAGUCAUCUCAAAAUACCUUUUUUGUUGCACUACUAAUGUUAGACAUUUCAUCAAAAUUUAGUGCAAUGAGUGGAGCUUGAAUUUUUUUGCAAACUUUUAGCGUUAUUGCCGCUUGGAUUUUUUCGCAAAAUUUUAGCGUAAUUCCCGUCUGUCAAAUUUUCAUGGUUAAAAAUUCUGGAAUAUGUUUUAACUUGUGUCCUUGAAACUUUUUUUGUGCAUUAUGUUAUGAUGGAAAUGUCCUCCCAAUUUUAUGUUGAUGGUUGAAACUGGCAGCUCUGGGGCUGUAUUUAUUCCUCACCUUCCAGGGGGCGCUACUGAGUAAGUUUAGCAUACGUGAACCGUUCUGUACAUUUCAUAUGAACCUUGAUAAGACAAAAUAGUUGCAAUAAAGUGAAUGUGAAUAUUUAUGCAUGUUUAAUAUUUUACGACCGAGCUGACAAGCAUAUUUUCCUUCCUCGACUCGACGUUCAUUACUGGUCUCGAUUCCGAGAUUCCCCAAACUCCAAACCACCCCCCUAUGCAACAUGAUCCCUUUGGCUCCUGUACAGCCUGGAAUAACUCUUCUUCCAUCCGGGCGUCCAAACGUCUGCCUGUCUUCGGCGAACUGUCGUCACCAUCCAUUACUCCUUUUUUUUUCGUGUUUGCGCUAAUAUUCAUCUUGCUGACACGUGUGUGGGUUGUCCAUGUCGUCUGUCAUGUGGCGGACCCCCCCCCCCCCUCCCCCAUGACUCAGUUUUUGAUCUGCUACGUUUUUUUGUGGUGCGUUUUAGUAUUUGUAAAUUUCUCUCAGGGCCAGACAGAGGCGGAAAAUGUAGAGUUCCAAAAGCUACAUCCAAGCAUACCAUUUAGACUUGAUAACAUUUUUUUCAAAUUUCAGUGCCAGAGCUAUUAUUACUUCGCAACAUGAAAUGUUUAUCAUGAGUAACUCAAGGCAAGGCAAGGCAAGGCAAGGCAAAUUUAUUUAUAUAGCACAAGUCAACACAAGGCAAUUCAAAGUGCUUUACAUCACAUGAAGAUCAUAAAAAUCACAUUUAAAUCAACACAACGUAGAAACGAAGACAAAAGAUCGCAUUUAAUCACAGAAUAAAAAUAAAUAAAUAAAAUAAAAAUAAAACAAAAACUACUACUACUAAUAAUAAUUGAAAUCAGCAAUGGAGAUAAAAACAAGAGGAAUAGAAAGCAGGUAGAUUGAAAUAUAUAGACAGUUAUAGAUAUGCAGUGCUAAACAAAAGCGUUUUUAGCCCUGAUUUAAAAGAGCUAACAGUUUGAGCAUACUUCAGACGUUCGGGUAACUUGUUCCAGAGGUGAGGAGCAUAAUAACUAAAUGCUGCCUCACCCUGCUUGGUUCUUGUUCUUGGAACAUGCAGAAGACCGGUUCCAGACGACCUUAGGGGUCUAGAUGUCUCAUAGGACUCUAACAAGUCAAGCAUGUAUUUUGGUCCAAGGCCAUUAAGUGUUUUGUAGACGAGCAGUAGUAUUUUAUAGUCUAUCCUUUGACUUACUGGAAGCCAGUGUAGCGAUUUCAAAACUGGUGUAAUGUGGUCCAGCUUCCUUGUAUUUGUGAGGACUCUGGCUGCAGCAUUCUGUACCAGCUGCAACUUCCUGACUGAUUUUUUAUCAAGACCUGUAAAUAAACCGUUGCAAUAGUCCAAUCUGCUGAAAAUGAAUGCAUGCAUAAGUUUUUCCAUGUCUUGUUGAGUCACAAGCCCCUUAAUUCUGGUUAUAUUUUUUAGGUGGUAAUAAGCGGAUUUAGUGACGGACUUUAAAUGGCUAUCAAAUUUUAGGUCUGAGUCAAUAAUUACGCCAAGGCUUCUGACUUGAUUUGUAGCUGUAAGUGACAUUGUGCUAAGUUGGCUGCUUAUCUUUGACCUUUCCUUUUUUGGCCCAAAAAAACUCACAAGAUGUCAUGCAUGAAAAGACAAUGUGGGGGAGUCUGUCAUUUGCCUCCAUUUGAAAAAAUAUAACUCAUUGGCUGCCAUUUACGGUGAUAGACAUCCAAGAGGGAGGACAGGAAAGACUAGGGUAUAACAGGUGGAGGGUGAAUGUGACAUUUUAACACACUGACAAUGAUAGGAAAGACUACACUGGUAUGAAAAAGUAUCUGAACCUUUUUACAAUUUCUGACAUUUCUUCAUAAAAUCACCAACAAAUGUGAUCUGAUCAUUGUCAAAAUCACACAGAUAAAAAUACAGUGUUUGCUUUAACUAAAACCACUCAAACAUUUACAGCUUUUCAUAUUUUAAUGUGGAUAGCAUGCAAACAAUGACAGAAGGGUGGAAAAUAAGUUAGUGAACCCUCAGCGUAAGGAAACAAAGAGCAAUUGAAACCAAUUUUUACCAAAAAUCUUAAGUCAGGUGUGAGCCCAAUCACUGAUGAGUGGGUUAAAGCUGCCCUGCCCACUAUAAAACACACACCUGGUAAGAAAUGUCUUGAUGAGAAGCAUUGUCUGAUGUGCUAAUGGCUCGGUCAAAAGAGCUGUCUCAAGACCUGCAAUCAAGGAUUGAUUAUUUGUAUAAAGCUGGGAAAGGAUACAAAACAAUCUCUAAAAGUCUGGAUAUUCAUCAAUUGACAGUCAGAGAAGUUGUCUACAAAUGGAGAGUGGCACUGUUGCUUUUCUCCCAAGGAGUGACCGUCCAUGAAAGAUUACGCCAAGUGUUCAGUGCAAAAUUGCUCAAAGAGGUAAAAAAAGAACCCUAGAGUGUCUGCUAAAGACUUACAGAAAUCACUGGCACAGUCCAAUAUCUCUGUGCACACAUCAACUAUAUGUAGAACUAUGGCCAGGAAUGGUGUUCAUGGAAGGACUCCACGGAGGAAGCCACUGCUGUCUUAAAAAAAAAAAAAAAAAAAACAACGUUCGUUUAACAUUCACAAAAAGGCACUUGGACACUCCACAGAUGUUUUGGCUAAAUAUUUUGUGGACUUUUGAAACCAAAGUUGAAUUUUUUGGGAGUAAAACACAACGUCAUGUGUGGAGGAAAAAUGGAACAGCUCACCAACAUCAACACCUCAUCCCCACCGUGAAGCAUGGUGGAGGUUGCAUCAUAAUUUGGGACUGCUUUGCUGCCUCAGGGCCUGGACAACUUGCAAUAAUCAAUGGAAGAAUGAAUUCAUACCAUAAAAACUUGGAGAAAGGUUGAAAUCUGCGCUUUUGGGUAAGGUUGAUUCUAUGUCAAAUUUUUUUCAUAUUUACAUGACUGACUUCUGACUGCGAGCUUGUAUGUGGUCAUGUGAUUGUAUUUUUACAUCUGAUUGGUAUAAUGGAGUCAUCUGAUUAUUGUUGCUAUGUCUCAUUACUGA